ACGAAUUAAAAACAUUAUUUGAGAAAAGUCAUUCACUAUCAUCAAAGUUUUUCAAACACAUUCAAAAUUACAAUACAGCUAUGGCGUUUGCUUCGAUUCUUUCUAAUAUUGAUAAUCAAACUGGUCGAGGACCUUAUGUUUAUCACAUCUCUGAUCAGAUAUAUCAUUUUGUUGGUUCUGUAAAGCCCGCUUCUAAUGAGAAGCCUAGCUUUGAUCAGCUUUACUUUCUUGAUACAGCUGAGGCAAGGGAACAAAGGACGCAUCAUCCUAUAAACAUUUGUCUCAACCAUGAGUUGCUUGAUUUUCUUGAACAGGUUAUUCUAAAUGUAAGUCCAUAUGCCCAAGCAUAUAAGCUUAUGCGAGAAGUUUCAAACAAAGAGAAUAAAUCUGCUCAAUUGGAAGGGAGACAACCAAUGGAUGUAGAAAUGAUCUUUGAUAAUAACCGACAAUUAGAUCAACAACAAUAUAAUACACCUCAAGCUAAUGAAGUUGCUGCCAUUGUUGUUGGAUCUAAUGAUAAACAAUUUCUUUUACAUCAACUGGUUAUUCAUCCCCGUGCAUCAAGCUUACAGAUUAUUCCAGUUAUUAAUGCUAAUUGUGAUCCUAUGUCUUAUCUGCUUCUAUUUCCAGCUGGUGACAAGGGAUGGUAUCCAAAAAUUCCAUGUCAUCGAGGAAGAAAU